UGAAAUAUUAUGAGAAGAAGAAAAUCACAACAUCUGUGAUAUGUAUGUGCAAAGAAAUUGGUCAAAGUUAAAUUUUUGCUUUGUAUUUAUGUAGUCUGUACUGGAAAAUAGGUAAAACCAAAUUUAUUUUUGGUGAUUUGCAGGCGAAGAAAAUUAAUUAUAGCGUGAUGAAGAGCGAAUAUAAAGCUCAAAAUGUUGCGGAAGCAAAUGUGUUUUGAUUGCACUACGACGCCACUAUAGUCUAAGAAGUGGCUAUUUUCUUCGUCUCUUGAAAGCUUUUCCACUGUCUGAUAUUUUUGUGAUUAAAAACAGAAGAGAAGCAAUGGCCAAUGAAACAACUCGGCAUAACCUGGUAUCAAAUCUGCCAUUGCUGUUCGCAGGGGGCUAUCCGACUUCCUUAGAGAAAAUGACCGAAUCACAACUCGAAAGAUUCAUUCCGUUCAUGGUUCAGUGCUCACUAGGCAACGUUCAGAUUGUUAAUGCAGAAUACAGUGAGCCAGAAUGGUGGCCCGACACUGUACCGUUUUCAAUACCGUUACGAACAUCUACAUAUGGGCCCGAAUGGCUUGAUAGGCUCAAGUCAAUCGUUAAAAUAUGUUACCGUUUCCACAACAACACAUUUCUACUCCGGUUUUGCCAUCAAUUAGCCGCUUACCAGCCCGAGUCGUUGCGUUUUAUUGGUAACUACAACGACACCACGUCUCUAUUCGAACGUUCAAGUAACAAGCUGUUGGCGACAUUCAGAAAUGAGAAUAUGUUGUAUGACCAAGGGUCAGUUAACAAAAUGAGCAAAAUUACGUUGCUGUCGUCGAGGAAAAACAACUCACAAAGCCAAAUGAUUGAAGAAACGGUUGAUGCAGUGGAAACUGUUUUCGAAAUUUAUCUCUGUGAUAAUUGUGAGGCUGAACUGUAUACCAAGGAAGCGUAUGAAGAACAUGAAAAGACAUGUCACGAAGAUGACGACGUAAUUUUUUGUGGCGAAGAAUUUUUAACGAAUCCGCUCGACGAACCACACGAACAGCUCAAAGAGCAAGCAAUAUUUUUGCAAAAUUUUUCGUUAGGAAAUCCAAACUUACCGUUACCGACUCCGCCAAAAACGCCAAUUAAGAAGUACAUGGAGGAAUCUUCAUCCGGUGUAAAACGACGAAUGCCUCGAUGUAGUCAAAUCAUCUUAAGUAGCAAUGUACCGUUUUCGUCACCAGCCGGUCAGCAACUGCUAAAGUUGUCCAAAACACACUUGGCUCACGGUUACGUGGCAGAGAAAUUGGAACGUACCGAACGACAUUGUUGUGCGCCACCAUUGACCAUUGGCGAAAGCAUCAGUACUCGCAUCAAGCCAUACAAAUACAACCGCAUACCAGUGACCUAUCGCCGUCCACAAGACCAAACGUACAGAUGGUAUAAUUUUCACCGGCGACAAUACUUUCAACGUGGGUAUCGGCAAGCGUUCCUAAAUUUAAAUUGUGAAGAACUGAAAAUUUGCAAACCAGUGACGAUAGACCUGCCAAAAGUAUCUAUCCAGGAUAUUGAGGCAUUUAACUCACAAAAUCGGUGUGAAGAGUCGAUGAAUACCGAUGACAUGCCAGAUACCGCCCUGUUCGAUCAGUCAACUACUGUAGAUGUGAUAGACUUGUGUUCAGAUGACGACAGCGACAAUGAGCUUUCAUACACUCAUGGACAUUAUGAUAAUAGUAAUGUUUCACAGACGGCUAUAACUCCAGCAUCGACAAUAUCACCUUCGUCAUUCAUUGACCCAUUGCAGAUGCCAUUUGAAAUGUACACCAAAGCCAGUGCACAAUCGACCGCGUCCGUGUUCAACUCAGAUACUAGCUACCAGUAUCAGCAUCACGAAACUCAUCAGAGCUUUCUGAACGGAGCACAGGGUUCCAUUGUAACGCAGAUUGAUACAUUGACUGAAUUUAUGGACAUCUCCAUUAAAGCUGCAGAAGCCGAAGAAGCUCACAUAUCAAUCGACUUAACGUUAUAAAGACGCAAUCAAAUUUUUCAUUGAAUGAAAUUGACAAUUCAACAUGGAACAACGUGUAACGUAUAAGUUGUGUGUUAACUCGCCAUUGUGCGUCAAAGACUAAACUCUCUUAGAGACUCUUAUGACUGUGUAAACAAAACAUUUACUAAAGAUUCCAACACUAAAUAUCUUUAAUUUGAAUAAUCAUUCCGUUCAGCUUUCGUUUUUUUUUUUUUUCGUUUUCGUUUUUCGUUUCCAUAAACUUCGAUACACCCGUACUGAGUAAUUUAAAUUAUGUGAAUCAUGUUUAUGAAGUGCGAGCGGAUGAAAUGUGAAAUGUAAUAAAAGAAUUUAUAUAAUCUCGAUUAAAAUUAACUAUAAACCACUCGAUGUAAAGAAAAUUGAAAUUUUUGUUAAACUCUGUAUAAUAAUACAAUGAUAAAUUAAAAUUAACAUAGAACUACUGU